GCGGCGGCGCCCGCGGUGGAUUGCGCGAGGAGGCGCGCGCGGGGCGAGGAGCCGCGGCGGGAGCGCGGCAUGGGGAAGCGCCGCGAGAUGCGCCUGGCUCCCGUCUGCUGCUGCCUGCUCUACCAACUGGGGGUCUUGUCGGGGAUCGCGGCGGGGCUGCAGCUCGCCCCCGACCGCGAGGAGUGGGAAGUCGUGUUUCCUGCGCUUUGGCGCCGGGAGCCUGUGGACGCGGCCGGCGGCAGCGGGGGCAGCGCGGACCCAGGCUGGGUGCGCGGCGCGGGGGGCGGCGGAGGCGCCCGGGCGCAGGCGGUCAGCAGCUCCCGCGAGGUGCGCUCCGCGGCUCCGGCGGCGCCUGAGAGGCCCGCGCAGGGACGGCCCGAGCCCCGGCCCUCGCCGCCGUCGGCGGCCGAGGACGACGAGGAGCUGGAAUCGCAGGAGCUGCCGCGGGCAUGCAGCGGGGCUGCCGCCUUGUCCCCGGGCGCCCCGGCCUCGUGGCAGCCACCGCCCCCACAGCCGCCCCCGUCCCCGCCCCCGGCCCAGCCGGCCGAGACGGACGGCGACGAGGUGCUGCUGCGGAUCCCGGCCUUCUCCCGGGACCUGUACCUGCUGCUCCGGAGAGACGGCCGCUUCCUGGCGCCGCGGUUCGCGGUGGAGCAGCGGCCGAGUCCCGGCCCGGGCCCCACGCGGGCAGCAGGCGCCCCGGGCCCUCCCGCGCCGCCCGACGCCUCCUGCUUCUACUCCGGAGCGGUUCUGCGGCAGCCCGGCUCGCUGGCCUCGUUCAGCACCUGCGGAGGUGGCCUGAUGGGAUUUAUACAGCUCAAUGAGGACUUCAUAUUUAUUGAACCACUCAAUGAUUCAGUGGCCAUAACAGGUCACCCACACCGUGUGUAUAGGCAGAAAAGGUCUGUGGAGGAAAACAUCACAGAGAAGUCAGCUCCUCACAGUCAUUCCUGUGGCAUCAUUUCAGAUAAAGGAAGACCUAGAUCAAAAAAAAUAACAGAAAGUGGAAGAGGGAAACGAUAUUCAUACAAAUUACCUCAAGAAUACAACAUAGAGACUGUAGUGGUUGCAGACCCAGCAAUGGUUUCCUAUCAUGGAGCAGAUGCAGCCAGGAGAUUCAUUCUAACCAUCUUAAAUAUGGUUUUUAACCUUUUCCAACACAAGAGUCUUGGUGUGCAGGUCAAUCUUCGUGUGAUAAAGCUUAUUCUGCUCCAUGAAACUCCAGCAGGUCUGUAUAUCGGGCACCAUGGAGAGAAAAUGCUAGAGAGUUUUUGUAAAUGGCAACAUGAAGAAUUUGGCAAAAAGAAUGAUAUACAUUUAGAAAUGUCAACAAGCUGGGGAGAGGAAAUGACUUCAGGGGAUGCCGCUAUACUUAUAACAAGGAAAGACUUCUGUGUACACAAAGAUGAACCAUGUGAUACUGUUGGUAUAGCUUACUUGAGUGGAAUGUGUAGUGAAAAGAGAAAAUGUAUUAUCGCUGAAGACAAUGGCCUAAAUCUUGCAUUUACAAUUGCUCAUGAAAUGGGUCACAACAUGGGCAUUAAUCAUGACAAUGACCACCCGUCAUGUGCUGAUGGUCUUCAUAUCAUGUCUGGUGAAUGGAUUAAAGGACAAAAUCUUGGUGAUGUUUCAUGGUCCCGAUGUAGCAAGGAAGAUUUGGAAAGAUUCCUAAGGUCAAAAGCCAGUAACUGCUUGCUACAGACAAAUCCCCAGAGUGUCAAUUCUGUGAUGGUUCCCUCCAAGUUGCCAGAGAUGACAUAUACUGCUGACGAGCAAUGUCAGAUUCUCUUUGGGUCAUUGGCUUCCUUUUGUCAAGAGAUGCAGCAUGUUAUUUGCACAGGGUUGUGGUGCAAGGUAGAAGGAGAGAAAGAAUGCAGAACCAAACUAGAUCCGCCAAUGGACGGGACUGACUGUGAUACCGGGAAGUGGUGUAAGGCUGGAGAAUGUACCAGCAGGACCCCAGCACCUGGACAUGUGACCGGAGAGUGGAGCACGUGGAGCCCCUGUAGCCGGACCUGCAGUUCUGGGAUCAGCAGUCGAGAGCGCAAAUGUCCUGGGCUAGGUUCUGAAGCAAGGGAUUGUAAUGGUCCCAGAAAACAAUACAGAAUAUGUGAGAAUCCACCUUGUCCUGCAGGUUUGCCUGGAUUCAGAGACUGGCAAUGUCAGGCCUAUAGUGUUAGAACUUCGUACCCAAAGCAUGUACUUCAGUGGCAAGCUGUCCUGGAUGAAGAAAAACCAUGUGCCUUGUUUUGCUCUCCUGUUGGAAAAGAACAGCCUAUUCUUCUAUCAGAAAAAGUGAUGGAUGGAACUUCCUGUGGCUACCAGGGAUUAGAUAUCUGUGCAAAUGGCAGGUGUCAGAAAGUUGGCUGUGAUGGCUUACUAGGGUCUCUUGCAAGGGAAGAUCAUUGUGGUGUAUGUAAUGGCAAUGGAAAAUCAUGCAAAAUCAUUAAAGGAGAUUUUAAUCACACCAGAGGAGCAGGUUAUGUAGAAGUGCUGGUGAUACCUGCUGGAGCAAGAAGAAUCAAAGUUGUGGAGGAAAAGCCGGCACAUAGCUAUUUAGCUCUCCGAGACACUGGAAAACAGUCCAUUAAUAGUGACUGGAAGAUUGAACACUCUGGUGCAUUCAGCUUAGCAGGAACUACUGUCCAUUAUGUAAGACGAGGCCUCUGGGAGAAGAUCUCCGCCAAAGGUCCUACUACAUCACCUUUACACCUCCUGGUGCUGCUGUUUCAGGACCAGAAUUACGGUCUUCACUAUGAAUACACUAUCCCGUCAGACCCUCUCCCAGAGAAUCAGAGCUCCAAAGAGCCUGAACCCCUUUUCAUGUGGACGCACACAGGCUGGGAAGACUGCGAUGCCACAUGUGGAGGAGGAGAAAGGAAGACGACAGUGUCUUGCACAAAAAUCAUGAGCAAAAACAUCAGCAUUGUGGACAACAAGAAAUGCAAAUACUUAACCAAGCCAGAGCCACAGAUCCGCAAGUGCAAUGAGCAGCCGUGCCAAACAAGGUGGAUGAUGACAGAAUGGACUCCAUGUUCACGAACCUGUGGAAAAGGGAUGCAGAGUCGACAAGUGGCCUGUACCCAGCAGCUGAGCAAUGGGACUCUGAUCAGGGCCCGUGAGAGGGACUGCACAGGGCCCAAGCCGGCCUCGGCCCAGCGCUGCGAAGGCCAAGACUGCAUGACCGUGUGGGAGGCGGGAGUGUGGUCGGAGUGUUCGGUUAAGUGUGGCAAAGGUGUGCGUCACCGGACUGUGAGGUGUACGAACCCUAGGAAGAAAUGCGUCCUCUCCACCAGACCCAGGGAGACUGAGGACUGUGAGGAUUACUCGAAAUGCUUUGUGUGGCGAAUGGGUGACUGGUCUAAGUGCUCAAUCACCUGUGGCAAAGGAAUGCAGUCUCGCGUUAUCCAGUGCAUGCAUAAGAUCACAGGAAGACAUGGAAAUGAAUGUUUUUCUUCAGAAAAACCUGCAGCAUACAGGCCAUGCCACCUUCAGCCCUGCAAUGAGAAGAUUAACGUAAACACCAUAACAUCACCCAGGCUGGCUGCUCUGACUUUCAAGUGCCUGGGAGAUCAGUGGCCUGUGUACUGCCGAGUGAUACGUGAGAAGAACCUGUGUCAGGACAUGAGAUGGUAUCAACGCUGCUGUGAGACGUGCAGGGACUUCUAUGCCCAAAAGCUGCAGCGGAAGAGUUGACCUCUAGCAGGCUGGCUCUUGGCAAUUACAUUAUUUAUAAACACACCCGCUAGCAUGUUCUUCAGACCAAAUAUUAUCAGAUUACAUAUAAUUUAAUCAAACUAAUUUAUUUUUUAUUUUUUUGCCUACCAAGUAUCCACUGUGGUGUUUCUUUUGGUUAUACAAACAUGUUGAUUUAUACUACAUGGCUUCGUCAAUAGUUUUCUAUGAGUAAGUUGGAUCCAGUUUCCAGAAUAAAAAUUAAAAGGGGAGAAAAGAAAUCCAUGGUCAUUGGGCUUUAAAAAAAAGUUUUUUUUUUUAGUUAGGGCUGUUUCUAAGGUGCUAUUCUCUCCCCCUCCAAUACCCUUGUGUUAUCCAGAAUAAAUACUAAUUUUGUGUAAUAGCUUAGUUAAAGAAGGAGAGAAAUCAUUUUUGUUUGUUGGUGUCAUGAUGCAGAAUUAACCCAUUUUCUGUAAUCUGCAGGAGAUGUGUAGACAUGACAAACCUCAUAGUGUUGAACAGGUUCUUUAGAGAAUGUAUUAUGAAUUUGGUUCAGAUUUAGAGAUUUCCGUAGGAAAAAUUCUACUGUAAUUAUAAUCUUAUUUUAAUAGUGGCAAAGAAAAGUCAAAAUAGAGACUUUGAUCAUGUUCAUGAAUAUGUACUUGAACACAAGUAUUGUAACAAUGAAACACUGUAAUGAUUUACACUGAAUCACCAUUGCACUGUUUAUAUAGUGUAGAGAAACCAUUAUAGAAAUGGUAACAUCCUACAGAAAUGUGUAUUAUUUUAACAUGUUGUCCUUAGAUUUUAGCUUUUUAAAAUAUUUUGAACAAAGAAAGCAUUGCUCCACCCAUUUCCUUGUAUCUUUUUAGCAGAUUUAUAAAAGAGUAUAGUACUUAGCCUCACAAAUCAAGAGAAAAUUUACUUCAUAUUUUUCAGCCUUUUCCCUAGAAAAGAGGAAAAACAAAAAAGCUUAGGAUACUGUUGUAGUGUCAUUGUGGUGUUUUUUCCUUUUCAAAAUGAGAAAGUUUUACAAUUCUGUGAAACGUUAUAAAACCAGCUUAAAUGUUUUCUUGUGAAAAAAUAUUGUACAUGAUUCACAUGAUUUCUUAGAUUUUUUCAAUAAAAUGCGUGAAACUUCCUGUGGGGAGGCAAUUCUUCAUAGGGCUGCCCUGUCACCCCCGUCCUGUUACCACCUGCUUGUGUUUGGGGGUAUCUUCUAAGGGAUGUUUGGGUAGAGAACAGCCUUCAAAGACAAAGAUCAUGUUUCUCUUUGGAGCAAGGGGCAGACACACUUCUCAUUAUAAAAGCAUCAGGUUCUCUAAAAUUGGGAUGUCUCGUGAAAUACAAUCCACUGCAUGUACAGGUGUCACCUGGCUCGUUUUGUGUCAUGCUGUGGGAAUUGGGGCUCAAGGAACUGGUGCGAGAAGAUGCUGAUUAUCUGGCUACUGCUGUUGCUGUGAGUAAUGAAGUCCUAUAUCUGCAGCCCAGGAGUCUUAACAUCUCCUGUCCUGAAGGGGUGGUAAGCGAUCUGGAUAAGUUUCAAGUAGAGUAAAACCAUAGAGUCAUCAAGUUCUUGACCCUUCCCUCAGUAUUUCUCACCUUAAUUUUAAUUUGGGGAACAUUUUGUUUCUGCAUUCCCCCUAUUCUGGAUAACCUUUCUUCUAAUUGCUGAGAUAGAGAAUUAACCUGUAUCGACUUUUAUGUAAGAUGGUGGGGAAAUGGGAGAGGGGAAAAAUUACAUAGCAAGAGGAGACAUUCUCAGUUCCAUCCCUUGAUCCCUGAAUCCAUGAACCUAGGUAGAAAUAUCACCAUGUAUUAGUCAAUGAGUCAGACCACAUACAUCUUAGAGGACCUCCAAAAUGUUUCCCCCAGCUGGUGCCAGACUAAAUAUUUUUUUAAAAAGACCCUGCAUCAUUCUGUUAGGGUGUCUGCUUCUGGGUGAUAGGGAAUGAGGUAAUAGCAGAGAUUUAGGUGUCCAUGAGCCCAUUGCCACAUUUUGUUUACUGGAACAUGAGAUCCCUGGACAGGAACAGUGCUGUGUGGAGUAUCAUCAGAGUGAAUGAGGCAUUUGGUAAGUUCAUGGGUGGUAUUUGGCAGAAACUUUGCAGACUGGGGAGGCAAAUUUAUAUUCAGGGUAAGCGGCUAUUUUUAUGAAAACAAACCGCUGCCUUUUUGUGAUAGAAAUGAUCUAAUGUAAUCACACUGCAAUCAAGGUGACCUGGACUGACCAGUACUUGGAAGGAACAUGGUUUGAACGUGGUGAUGAGGGAGUUCUGAGAAAAAGGUAGGUGGAUAGACCUCCUUGAAUAACAUAUAUUCCAUCU